AUGUCUCGAGCCAAUGGGUUCUCCACAGCCAGCUCUGCGCCGACCUUCCGGCCCUCUGCGCGGGUUCGCGAUUUGUCGAAGUACACGGGAUACAGGCACUGCGCCGUCCUACAUCGCGAUACCCGCUUCCUCCCCAGGAAAGCAGUCGGCGGCAAGGGCAUCUACAUUUUUCUCGAAGAUGGCACCAAGUUCCUCGACUCGACCGGUGGCGCAGCCGUAUCCUGCCUCGGCCACGGUCAUGAAAAGGUCAAACAAGCCAUCAUCGAUCAAACCAAUACGAUAUCAUAUUGCCAUACGGCGUUCUUUGGUACCGGAGUAUCUGAAGAACUAGCUCAAUUCCUUGUCGAUUCAACAGGCGGAAAACUGUCGAAGGUGUACAUGAUUAGUUCUGGCUCCGAAGCAGUUGAAGCGGCAUUGAAGUUGGCUCGACAGUAUUUCCUUGAGCUCCCAACACCCCAACCUCAACGCACCCGGUUCAUCGCCAGAAAGCCCUCUUAUCAUGGCAUCACCCUGGGCGCUUUAGCGGCGGGAGGGCACGUCCUUCGACGACAACCCUUUGAGCCAUUGCUUCCCCAAAAUAUCUCCCAUGUAUCUCCUUGUUACCCUUACCGAGGUAAGGAGAAUGGCGAAACAGAUGCGGACUACGUUGCUCGACUUGCUGCAGAGCUAGACGCCGAAUUCCAACGUGUUGGACCGGAGAACGUCUGUGCUUUUGUUGCGGAGCCGGUUGUUGGAGCUGCUUUGGGCGCCGUCCCCGCUGUUCCCGGCUACUUCAAAGCCAUGAAAGCAGUGUGCGAGAGAUACGGAGCGCUUCUCAUUCUCGACGAAGUAAUGAGCGGGAUGGGUCGCUGUGGAACGCUACAUGCAUGGGAACAGGAAGACGUAAUCCCUGACCUCCAGACUAUUGGCAAAGGCCUUGGAGGUGGAUAUGCUCCCGUAUCCGGUCUUCUGAUCGGAGAGAAGAUCGUGCAAACGUUAGAUAAAGGCACAGGCGUUUUCCGUCACGGGCAGACGUACCAGGGCCAUCCGAUCUCGUGUGCUGCUGCGCUGGCUGUGCAGAAAGUCAUUCAAGAAGAGAAUUUACUAGAGAAUAUACGGAAUAUGGGGAUUUACUUGGAAACCCAGCUUAAAGGUCGGUUGGGAGAUCACCCGUAUGUGGGCGACAUUCGCGGGAAGGGGCUAUUUUGGGGGAUUGAGUUCGUUAAGGACAAAUCCACUAAGGAGCCCUUCAGCCCCGAGAUGGGAGUAGCGGCUCAUAUCCAGGAAACUGGUCUGGAUCCGACAUACGGAAUCUCGUUGUAUGCGGCUGCAGGGUGUGUGGAUGGAACGCGAGGAGACCAUGUUCUCCUUGCACCACCAUACAUUGUAACGAAGGAUGAGAUUGAUCUUAUUGUGGAAACUACUGCUAGAGUUCUGGAGCAUGUUUUUACCAAAGUGGUGAAGGUUUGA